AUGAGCGUUCACGCCUUCGACUAUGCCCAGCAACCCCCAACCCGUAAUGAGCCCCUUCAUACGAUAGAUAUCGAAGCCGGACAUCGAUCGCCCUCUCCUCAGACAUCCCCUACUACUCGAAGAGAAGGAUCUAUCGCGGAAUCGUUCGCUCCGGCGGCCAGGGUCAACACCUCCGAAACAAACAAGAGGCGAGCCCGAAGGGCGAAUACUGCACGAUCAUAUCAUCCCGAAGGCUUCGCAUCAGACCCAACCUGGCAACCGGGAACAGAACCGGGUAUUGACCCGACAAAACCACUCCCCGCUUACAGCUCGGAAUGGUACUCCAAUCUACCUGCAGACCUGCAGCGGCAGUGCGAGAUCACGGUCGUUGACUUCUCGCAGAAUGAGAUGAGACAGUACGAACUCGAUAACGAGACUCUUGGGCCAUUCCUCGCACGCGAAAAGGAAUCCUGGGUCCAAUGCCGUUGGAUCAAUGUGAACGGGCUCAGCUGGGAUGUAAUUCAAAUGCUGGGCAAUCACAAGGGGCUGCAUCGUCUGGCGAUUGAAGAUCUGGUUCAUACGACCAAUCGAACCAAGGCUGAUUGGUACUCGGACCAUGCCUUCGUUGUCUUGACUUUACAAAAACUUGUCAAGUUGCAGGACGAGAGUAGCGACUCGGACUCGGAAGAUGAAGGGCCGAGUGGAUGGGACAAGAGGAGGAAGAGCUCUGUCUCAAGUGACAAGAGCUCUGUCACAAUGAGGCGACCAACCAAGAGACAUCUUAUAUGGGACGCGUUAAAGGAUCUUUUCCGCUCCAAACGUCCCUCAAGCCGGCAUGGCAAAGAAAAAGCGCCUAUUGGGUCAAGUGUCCGCCCUGGCCUGGGGUACGAGAUUCUAAAUUCGCAUCUCAGUUCGGCGAUGUGGCGGAUGGAUCAAGGGCUACAGCUCGAAGUCUCCAACGUUAUCGUGGCGGACCGAACGAGGACCGAAUCGAAUUUAUGGAACGCCAUGCUUCACUUGCUGCCAAAGGACUAUAACACAGUGACUUCCUUCUUUGAGACGAGUGCCGAUGAUAUUGAAGCCCCGAUUGUUCGACGUCUUAGCUCACCCGAAACGAUUCUCCGCCAGUCCUGUGACGCUAGCAUGCUUCUCCAAGCAAUCUUGGACGCGGUGAUUGACCUUGCCAUCCCGGUCACCAUGGCCUAUCAAGACGCCAUUGGAGACUUGGAGCUGGAGGUCUUGACAGACCCGAAUAUUGACCAGUCAAAGAGUCUAUAUAUCUUGACUUCUGAAAUUGCUGUUCUUCGUAACUCAAUGCAGCCAUUGAUGGCUGUUAUGAAUGCUCUUCGUGACCACCGAUCGGCUCCUGUGGCAACGCCCGGCCUUGGAAUACUGCGCGGCGGUCCAUUCAGCCCGACUGGAGCAGUCACUCCAAUUGACCCUUCUGAUCCGAGUCUGCGUCCCCCACAAAUCGGAACCCCGCAUAUUGGAACUAUUACUCCCAACCUCAAGAGUCUUGGAGGCACGACUAUCACUAUUAGUCCCAUGUGCCAUACAUAUCUUGGAGAUGCCUUGGAUCAUUGUAUCACUAUAGUUGAAGGAUACGAUCAGAUGAGGCGCGCCGCUGACAACAUGAUCGAUCUUAUCUUUAACACAAUUGGUGCCUAUCAAAACGAAAGUAUGAAGCAACUGAGUCUGGUCACCUGUUUGUACUUACCAAUGACCUUUUUGACGGGAUAUUUUGGAAUGAAUUUCGAUGACUUUCAGGGCAUCAAAAACAGUGACUCCUUUUUUUGGAAGAUUGCAAUCCCUUUCAUUUUCGUCACGACCCUACUAUUGAUGCGUGACAAAAUCCAGCGCUAUGCCGUCAUGCUCGCACAGAGGCGACUCAUCGUCAGCUCUCGGCAACAGAGACGAGAGAGAAAGAAGAAGAACUAG